UACAAUCCCGCCAGCAGAACAUUAGCAUAGGCCUAGGUUGUACCUUUCACAACUCGAGAACUUUGCAAGAAAUUCCAAAAUGAGAUCCUCGGUAUUCUUGGUAGUUUUGGUGGCAUUUGUGCUGCUUUGUCAGGUGGUGGCAUGUAUGUCGGAGUCGGAAAAAUCAGCACUAAGUGGGCAAGGCAGUAGCUCGGAUACAGUUCUGCUCAAGAGAUCUUUGAGACAAGCUUACGAGGACCAAUUGGCUAUGUUACAAGAGGCAGAGGAAAACCUUACUCAACAAAUAGCAGCUCUACAACACCAGAGGCAGGAGAUCACACAAAGGAAGAGGAGUCACUAUAUGUGUCUGGUCAACCUCAUCACGUGUUACAGGAAACGGAAGUGAACAUACCGGAAGUGACGUCCCGGAAGUGGAAAGGGUGUCGCCUGUGACAUAACAAAUCUGCCCAAUUGUAACAUGUGUUUGUAGGAGAGGAGUGCCUGGAGUUCCAGUUUCUUAGUAAUGCCAUAAUAGAGAUCGAAAUAAAUUAAAACUGUAAUUCUGGUCGUGGAUCAUUUAAACAAAGAGGAUUGCUGGAUGUUGUUUAACCUUUCUACCAUCAAACUUCUACCUGAAACCGUUCUGGUCUGAACAUGCAUGAAAUUAAGUCUCACUGUUCAACGUGUUAUCAAUUUAUGAAAGACAAUGUAAAGACUGAACAAAUAAAUUGUAUUUAUUGUU